AUGCGUGUGGCACUCGUCGUCGCGGCCACCAAGGCUGGUGGCAUUGGUCAUCAGGGCCAGCUGCCAUGGCAUCUCAAGGCGGACAUGCAACACUUUCGGGACAUUACCACCAAGACUGAGCAGCCAGCGGCCAUCAAUGCGGUCAUCAUGGGCCGUAAGACAUUCGAGUCCAUCCCGGACAAGUUCCGCCCCCUGCAUGGUCGCUUGAACGUGGUGCUAAGCACCCAGAAGCCAGCAACGCUCAACUAUCCGCCGGGCGUGCUCGUGGCCAGUUCGCUGCAAGAAGCCUUUGAGUUUCUGGACAUCAGCCCCGAGGUGAUCGAGACUGCCUACAUCAUCGGUGGCGCCAGCGUGUACAAUGAGGCGCUGGCAAAGCCUGAGUAUUCGCACUACAUUUUCAUGACCAAAGUGCACAAGGACGUGCUCUGCGACACGGUGAUGGACAUGAAGCAUCUGGACGCUUAUGAGCAUGACCCCAACUUUCCGGUCCAGCCAUCCUUGAUCGGUGUUGAUUCGGGACUAACCACGCAUAUCAACCUUUUGACGCACGCUGAUAAACAGGAGCACAAAGAAGACGACGUCGAGUACACCAUCUCCCUUCUUCGUCGCAAACAGUAA